CGCUUUACCCAAUCCGAUUUCACUACCACGCUCUCUCUCUCUCUCGCUCAUCAAUACCCUCAUUUUUAGAGAGAGAAAGUGGAGUCAACAGCUUCUAUCCCACCACCCGUCCAAAAAUGUGUCGAAUUUGGUCGUGAUUAGAUUAGUGUGUACUACAAACCCUUUAACCCAUUUUUGUACUACCCAUGUAGUAAGUAGUACUACAUUGCUCCUAUAGUCUUCGUGGUUACUUAUGUUGUUUUGUAAGUGAUCCAUAAUUUCAACGCCUAUAAAUCUGACCCAUUUACUGCGAAGUCAUGCACCGAGCUGAUCUAUUUUCCUGAUUCGAGACCUCUAGAUAAUUUUCCGUUCUUGGGGAUUUUCUUGAAUCUGAAUGCGGUUUGGUGAUUUGAUUGGAAUUCCCAAUUGAGGUUUACGCUCUUCGUGAGUAAAUGCAGAGGGAAUCGAAGACCCAUCUGUUUUGAUUUGGCGGUGACUUUACAUUUGUAGAGUUUUUAUGGACGGAAUUGUGAUUUUCUGAAAUGUGUUGAAGAAUUCUCGUACGUACAUUUAACAAGACGUACAUCCAUUCUGAGACUUCCUAAGAGAUUUUCAAGAUUUUCUGAGAAAUACCCAGACAAGAAAGGUCGAAACUUGAUUCGUUCGAAUGGCGACGGUGGGAGUGGAGGAAAUGAGCCAGAUUGAGAGAGAAAACUCAGAAGAGGUGCAGGAGAAUCGGGAGGAAAUAAAGAGAAUUCCCCCAUGGACAAAACAGAUCACGACCAGAGGAAUUGUUGCUAGCUUAUUGAUUGGGAUAAUUUACAGUGUGAUAGUUAUGAAGCUCAGUCUAACAACAGGGCUGGUACCCAAUCUCAAUGUCUCGGCCGCUCUUCUUGCCUAUGUGUUCAUACGGACGUGGACAAAACUGAUUCAAAAGACUGGAAUCGUUUCGACUCCGUUCACUCGACAGGAGAAUACACUGAUUCAGACGUGUGCAGUUGCUUGUUACAGCAUUAGUUUUGGAGGUGGUUUUGGCUCUUAUUUGUUGGGAUUGAACAAGAGGACAUAUGAGCAGGCAGGGGUUGAUACAGAGGGGAAUUCACCAGGUAGCUACAAGGAGCCUGGGAUUGGCUGGAUGACUGGUUUCCUUUUCGUAGUUAGUUUUGUUGGGCUGUUGGCUCUGGUUCCUCUAAGGAAGAUCAUGAUCAUAGACUACAAAUUAGCUUACCCAAGUGGAACUGCAACAGCAGUUCUAAUCAAUGGCUUUCAUACUCCUAAAGGAGAUGAGAUGGCCAAGAAACAGGUUCAUGGGUUCAUGAAGUUCUUUUCAAUUAGUUUCCUGUGGGGACUUUUCAGAUGGUUUUAUUCUGGUGGAGGAGAAAAUUGCGGUUUCUCUAACUUCCCUACACUUGGAUUGAAAGCUUGGAAACAGUCAUUCUUCUUUGAUUUUGACAUGACCUACAUUGGAGCAGGAAUGAUCUGUUCCCAUCUUGUGAACUUGUCUUUGCUUCUUGGAGCUGUGCUAUCAUGGGGGAUGAUGUGGCCACUAAUAGAUCGCCAGAAAGGAGAUUGGUUCCCUCAAACUUUACCAGAAAGCAGUAUGAAGAGCCUUACUGGCUACAAGGUAUUCGUUUCCAUCGCUCUCAUCUUAGGAGACGGACUCUACAAUUUUCUCAAGAUUCUUUUCUUCACCAGUCAAAACAUAUGUGUUAAGCUGAGGCAGAGGAACCCGAGAACAUUUUCAGAUGACACGAAUAAACCCCAAGAUGAUCUCCAACGAAACGAAGUAUUCACAAGAGAGAGCAUUCCCUUGUGGGUAGCAUGUGUUGGCUACUCUAUCUUCUCCAUCAUCUCCAUCAUUGUAAUCCCACUAAUGUUUCCUGAGCUCAAGUGGUACUACGUUGUUGUCGCAUACAUACUUGCACCAUCUCUCAGCUUCUGCAACGCUUAUGGUGCUGGCCUAACCGACAUGAACAUGGCCUAUAACUACGGAAAAGUUGCCCUAUUUGUGCUAGCAGCCUUAUCUGGGAAAGAAAAUGGUGUAGUUGCUGGUCUAAUUGGUUGCGGCGUGAUCAAAUCCAUCGUUUCCGUCUCCUCUGAUCUGAUGCACGAUUUCAAGACUGGCCACCUCACCCUCACUUCCCCAAGAUCGAUGCUAAUUAGCCAAGCCAUCGGUACAGCCAUAGGCUGCGUGGUGGCUCCCCUCACGUUCUUCCUCUUCUACAAGGCUUUCGAUAUUGGAAACCCUGAUGGUGAAUACAAAGCACCAUAUGCACUCAUAUACAGAAAUAUGGCAAUUCUAGGGGUUGAAGGGUUCUCUGCUCUCCCGCAGCACUGCUUGCAGCUUUGUUAUGGGUUUUUCACAUUUGCAAUGGUUGCCAACUUGGUAAGAGAUGUUUCUCCCAAAAAAGUUGGGAAGUGGGUUCCACUUCCAAUGGCUAUGGCUGUGCCAUUUCUAGUUGGGGCUUACUUUGCCAUCGAUAUGUGUAUGGGAAGUUUGAUCGUAUUCGUGUGGCACAAGGUCAAUAACAAGAAAGCCGGGUUGAUGGUUCCUGCAGUUGCUUCUGGUCUGAUUUGUGGAGAUGGAUUGUGGAUUCUUCCUUCAUCGCUCCUUGCUUUGGCGAAGAUUUAUCCUCCGAUCUGUAUGAACUUCAUCGCGACCAAGAUUGCCUGAGAGAUAAGGAUGGGGUAAUUGCUGGAAUAUAUAGGUGAAGAAUAAAUAGUUAUACAAAGCUAUUUAUCAACCGUGUAUGCAGUUUAGGACAUGUUUUAUAAGUGGUAGAGGCCUGAUCACAUUCAUGUUUUGUCAUGAUUUUGACUAGUUGGUACUCAAAAAGGUUGGGAACAUAAACCUAGAUGUAUAACACUGAAUAGUGAAUACUAUUGGGAAAGGUUUGAUCCUUA